UGGAAGAACGACGUUAUUGCAGGGCUGAUGGAUCUGCAGGCAGCAGCAGCUACAUUACUUCUACUAGUGUGCGGGGCAAACUGUUUGUCCGUGACCAUCCUGAACCCCGACCCCUCCCAUGUGAUCCGGGGCUCCAACCUGGUCCUCCGUGCCCGCAUCGACCACGGGCCCCUGGAGACGGUUGCCACGGUGACCUGGGAGCGGGAGCCGGAGACGGGAGACGCCAAGGGUAGAGAGGUGCUGGCCUCCUGCUCCCCGGGGGGGCCGGCGUGCCCUGGUCACAUGACCCUUGACGGGCAGCUUACGUCGCUGAGCGUCAACUCGUUCAGCGGAGACGACGGAGGGAUUUACUCGCUGACGGUGUCCGACCAGACGGGGCUUCCCUCCAGGGCCUACUGCGUCGUCCGCGAAUACGAGCCGGUGCAUCACGUGUCCGUGGGCGUCAACGACUCCCACUCGUCGCUGGUCUGCACCGAGGCCUGGGGCACCGACCCCACCUUCAGCUGGCUCCACGACAGGGCCGCCGUCACCGCCGCGCUGGGCCGCGUCUCCCCCGACGGCAAGACGCUGGCGGUCAGCCACUCGCCGCUCUGCGGCCACUUCACCUGCGUGGUCAGCAACAAGCUGGGCUACAGCUCGGCGACGUACACCGCAGCUCCCUGCGAGGCCGUGGAGUCUAGGGGCGUCGCGAUAGCGGUGGUGUGCGUCGUGAUGCUGCUGCUGCUGGCUAUGGGGAUGGCAGCUCUCAUGUGGUGGAGGCGGCGACUGCUCCGAAGCAGAGGAGAAUGUCUGCACAACCUGCUGGAAACCUGACCCCUAGAGUCACCCGCCCAUACAGGAAGUGGCCUGACCACUAGGGGUGGACUUCCUGUCCAUUCAGUGCUUUGGACAAUGUGAAGUGUGCACGGAUUCUAACGAUGGACUUAUUCAUUUUUAUACUUCACAAACACGACUAACCCUUUAUUCCAAUCAGAACUAAUUUUGUAACGCAUUUUUUUUUACAUGGUAUUGGUCUAAUGGGAGGCAGAAUAAAGCCCUGCAAUGUGACUCCCUCA